CUCUGCUUUCUUCCAGCCGAUAUGGAAUGACAUAUGGAAUGACAGACGCUCUGGUCGCUUUCCGUUACGUCAACGUCAAACAUAUGGAAUGACGCACCAUCAUGGGCGGCUUUUCGUCGAAACACGCAGAGCGAUACGAGGACAAAGAUGGCAGGUGAGGAGGCUGAGCCGACUGUCUGUUCCUGGUGACUGAGUACAGCAUUCGUCUGUGAUGCCUUCGUUGAUGCGGCAGAUCCAGGGCGGAGAAGCUGUGCAGGAGGCAGGUACCCUGUUGCAUUGCGUGAGAAGAGAAAAGCAUCACUGCCCACUCACUUUGCUGAACCUCGUGUGUGUUUCGUAUCAGGCUUGUGCAAUUCAGAACUGCCUUGCCAGCAGAGGCUACCAGCAGGUGCGCAACCCAGCCACACAGGUCGACAGCCAUGUUCAUUGGCCGCCACAGAGCGUGUGUGUGUGGUCAUGCAGGAGAAGUGCCAGCAAGUUAUCGACGAAGUAGGUAUUUAUUUAUGGCCGCAUCGCAUACACACAGAGGCACAAAGACAGACACCACGCACGCUGCCUGCUUGCCUGCCUGCCUCUGGUGCAGUAUUAUGAGUGUGUGGCGCGAAUGGAAGGGAAGGUAGAGGAGAGGAAAACUGAUGGGCGUCGAAAGCCAGAUCCACAACCAACCGACGGCAAAAAGUCGUGACUGUUGAUGAGUGGUGUGAGUGGUGCGACAAAGAUGAGUCGGCCAGUCUGUCUGUGUGGAG